AUGAGUGUCCUGUUACUGGUGCUGCUACUGGGCACUUUUCUCCUAGGACUCCUUGUCUGGAGCAUCUGUAAGCACUUGCUCACCACAGAUGUCCCCUCUGCCUUGAAACAUCCUCUCAAGUUCAGAAUUCUGCAUUGCAUAUUUAUAUACGUCGUCACCCUGGGAAUCAUACUAGAGAAGCUGAGGAUUUGCUCCAUGCCCACCUUUGCCUGUUUUUCAAUGGACAUUUUUUUUGCAAAGAAAAAGGACCCUAAAGUGGUGGUGACAGACCUGCGCUUUGGAACAAUCUCUGUGAGGCUGUUUGAGCCCAAGGCAAUGUCUUGCAGCUCAAGGGCAGGCAUCGUCUUCUACCAUGGAGGAGCUGGGGUGUUCGGCAGCCUGGAUUCUUACCACAACGUGUGCCUUUCCCUUGCCCUGGAGACCAAUUCUGUGCUGUUGUCUGUGGGGUACAGGAAGCUUCCUUACUACCAUUACCCUAUCAUUAUCACUGACUGCCUGAAUGCCACCAUCCACUUCCUGAAGAGGCUGAAAAGUUAUGGUGUGGACCCUUCCCGGGUUGUAGUCUGUGGGGACAGCAUUGGAGGAGGGGUUGCUGCCCUUAUCACCCGGGCUCUGUUGAGCCACAAAGAUCUCCCCCGAAUCCGGGCUCAAGUCCUCAUUUAUCCGGUUACUCAGUUCACCAAUUUCCAGUUACCAUCUGCUCAGCAGAACCGAAAUAUCCCAUUUCUCACUGAAGAACUCCUGAUGAUGUGCCUUUGUAGAUAUGCAGCCAUUGACAUCUCUUGGAAAGAUGCCAUACUGAAAGGUGCUUUUGUACCCCCAGAAACCUGGGAGAAGUACAGGAAAUGGCUCACCUCUGACAAUAUCCCUGAAAGAUUCAAGAAUAAAUACCAAGAAACCCAGUUUCCUGGGCCUUUUAAUGAGGCUGCCUAUCUUGAAACAAAACAUAUGUUAGAUGUCCAAAUUGUCCCCAUCUUAGCUGAUGAUGAGAUCAUAUCUCAUCUCCCUGAGACCUUCCUGGUGAGUUGUGAGCAUGAUAUCCUCCAUGAUCACACCUUGCUCUACAAGAAGCGCUUGGAAGACCAAGAGGUCCCCGUGAGCUGGUACCAUGUGGAAGACGGCUUUCAUGGAUGCAUACUUUUAUUUGGUCAGAAGUUUUUCGUUUUUCCCUGCUCUGAGAAAAUUUUAAAUGCUGUGGUGAGUUACAUAAAGGCCUUGUGACAGUUACACUAUUUUUGUGAGUAGUGUGAGACGAGGAUAUGUCUGCCACAGAUGGUGGAUAUACUGAGUUUUACUUUCCAAAAGGAGAUGCUAAUACACCAUGUCCAAGACAGGGAGAGUACAAUAGCGUAAGAGCUCUCUAGCUUUCACUUCAAGAUAAUAAAAUCUGUUUUCUUUUAGUAUUAACAGAGUGGAGUUUUGCAUGGAGCUAUGUUGUAUAAUGUUUAGAAUUAAAUAUCAUUGGAGAAUAAAACACCUUGAAAGCUUUCUUGAAGCC